AUGGUGGCGGAAUCUCUGUUCUGUGUGUUGCUGAACUUUACUUUUGGAUACUUCUUCCACUUAGUCUGGAAAUCGUGCAGAUUGUUUUCUUCUGUGGCAAGUCUGGGAAUAGUGGUACUGGUGAAGAGGAUCUUAAUCUUGAGGUUUGCAGCCUAUACCUUCUGUGCUUCUUUGGGCGUUUUUACCCAAUAUCUCUUCAGUAUUGAUCAAAUCCUUUUAGAUGGUUCAUCAAUUGGUCUAGGAAGUUUCUGGUUUGGAGUUCUGUUAACAAGGGAAAGGAGAGAAAGCUGCAUAAGUUUCCUGGUUUCUUCUGGUGAUCUAGUGGUCUCCAAUUAUGCUUUUGAUAUCUUUGACAGCGACACAGCUCAUUGGGUGCUAAAGGUCUUUGUGGCGUCCAGAUUGAAUGUAACCGGAGCAUGGCAAAUACCACAGGGGGUCACUGAAGAUAGAGAAGACUCUAAAUCUGCUGCCAUCAGGGAAUUGUGGGAAGAGACCGGAAUAACAUCAGCUGAAAUAAUUGCAAAGGUUCCACAAUGGUUGACAUAUGACUUCCCACUAGCCGUAAAGGUCAAAGUAAACAGUCUUUGGGGAGGAGAAUGGCAUGGACAGGCACAGAAAUGGUUUCUUAUGCGAUUUACUCAUGCUGAAAUUGAAAUCAACUUAGCUACUGGUGAAGCAGAAGCAGAAUUCUCAAUGUGGAAGUGGGCAAUACCAGAAGAAGUAAUUAAACAGGCUGUAGACUACAAGAGGCCAACAUAUGAGGAAGAAGUUAGGAAAAUGAUGGUAGCAAAGCUUCUAAAUGCCAAUCAACAAAAGGGUGAAUCCUGUGCUUGUUGUCUGCAUACAGUCCUCAUUCCUUACACGGGGAUUCAAAGCUUCGUUAGCUCCUUGUACAUGAACUUGUCUGCUAAGAUUUGCAUAUAUAGAUUGGUGAUUUGA